AUUAAAAACAUUUUUCGCAGCACGGAGUAUUAAAAAGACAAAAAACCCCGCAAUUUUUUGCCGGGACACCUGGGUCAUAGUCGGCGAUGGCGGACGGCAGCGGCGAAGCUUUUUAGAGUGGGAGCGAUGGAAGUGGCGGCGGAGGGGCUGUGGGGAUUGGCGGAUCAUCACGAGAAGAAAGGUCAGAUCGGAGAGGCUGUAAAAUGCUUAGAAGCCAUAUGCCAGAGUCACAUCUCCUUCCUCCCAGUCGUCGAAAUCAAGACUCGUCUCCGUGUGGCCACACUUCUCCUCAAGUACUCCACCAACAUCAACCACGCCAAAGCUCAUCUAGAGCGCUCACAAUUGCUUUUGAAGUCCAUUCCAUCAUUCUUUGAGUUAAAGUGCAGAGCAUACAGCUUAUUGAGCCAAUGUUACCAUCUUUUGGGGGCCACUGUGUCUCAAAAGCAGAUACUCAAUAAGGGAUUGGAACUAAUUGCAACUUCUGAGGAUGGGUUUUCUGCAAGGUUAUGGUUCUGCAAUUUCAAUUCUCAGCUUGCAAAUGCUUUGAUAAUUGAGCAAGACUUUAACGGAUCAAUUUCUGCUUUAGAACGUGGGCUGUGUUCUGCAGCUGAAAUGUGCUACCCAGAGUUACAGAUGUUUUUUGCGACCUCUAUCUUACAUGUACAUCUCAUGCAAGGGGAGAAUGCAAGUGUUGUUCAGGAAGUUGUCAAUCAAUGUAAUUUAAUCUGGGAAUCAAUUGAGCUAGAUAAAAGACAGCAAUGCAUUGGCUUGCUAUUUUAUUACGAGCUGUUGCAAGUGUUCUAUCUGCUUCGAAUAUGUGACUAUAAGAAUGCUGCACAGCACGUCGAGAAAUUAGAUGAUGCAAUGAAGUCUGACUUACAGCGGAGACAACAUAUCAAGGAUCUCAAUGAAGAAUUAACUGAGCUCAAUAGAAGUCUUUGUGGUUCUGAUAUUAACUACGCAAACAGAUCUGCUUUAUCUCAGAAACGGGCUCACCUUGAAGAACAACUCAAUAAUUUAACAGGUUUGGGUUCAACCGGCCAAGAAUAUUUGGAACCAACACAUUUUGGAAAUGUGAAACGUGUAUGGGGCGAUAAGCUCGAAUUGGCACCACCUCCUAUUGAUGGAGAGUGGCUACCAAAAGGUGCUAUUUAUGCAUUGGUGGAUCUUACUGUAAUUGUAUUCAGUCGUCCCAAAGGACUAUUUAAGGAUAUUCUGAAGCGGAUACAGUCCGGACUACAAACCAUUCAAGGGGAACUUGAAAAACUUGGGAUCAGUGAUGGGGUAAGAGAGGCGGAUCUGCUACAUUCUGCCAUUUGGAUGGCCAGUGUUUUAUUAAACAUUUUGAUGCAGUUUUUUGAAAAUAAAGUUGCAGUUGAUCUCACACGUUCUGAAUUUGUUGACGCACAAGAGGGUUUGGUGCAAAUGAGAAAUUGGUUUAUACGCUUCCCGACAAUUUUACAGGCAUGCGAGAGUACUAUUGAAAUGCUUAGAGGGCAGUAUGCACAUUCUGUUGGUUGCUAUGAAGAGGCUAGUUUUCAUUUUGUUGAGGCUUCAAAGCUUACAGAGAGCACGAAUAUGCAAGCUAUGUGCCACAUUUAUGCAGCAAUCUCAUUUAUCUGCAUUGACAAUGCUGAGUCAUUUUCAAAGGCUCUUGAACUUAUUGGACCAGUUAUGGGAAUAAUCGAUUCUUUUGUUGGAGUACGAGAGAAAACCAGUGUCUUCCUCGCACACGGGUUUCUGUUGAUGAGGCAGCAAAGUGCACAAGAAGCAAGAGUUAAACUAGCUGCUGGUCUGCAGAUAGCACAUAAUUCAUUGGGGAAUCUUCAACUCGUUUCACAAUACUUAAGUGUGUUAGGGAAUUUAGCUCUUUCAGUUCAUGAUACUGGACAAGCUAGGGAGAUCCUGAGAUCUUCAUUAACCCUGGCAAAGAAGCUAUAUGAUCUUCCUACUCAAGUUUCUGUACUAUCCAAUUUGACUGCUCUAUACAAGCAGUUGGGUGAGGAAGGGAAUGAAAGUGAGAAUCGUGAAUACCAAACAAAGAAAUUAGAAGAGCUACAAAAGCGACUCAGACAUGCUUGUUCAUCUAAUCACCAUAAGGAACUGAUUGCGAAAGCGAAAACCAAAGUUCCUGAGUGGAGUAAUUGCAAUACAAGAAGAACAACAUCCAACCCUACUACAGGAGUUGAUUUGGACAUUCCGGAAUCCAUUGGCCUAUCAACUGCUUCUUCCAUCCCCAAUUCGUCGUCAUCAAGAUUAAUGGAGGUUGAUCUCGGGAGGAGGCUCAGAAAGAGAAACAUGUAGCUCAGAAAGAGAAACUGGUUUGGUCAUGCUUUCAUUUUAUUUAUAGUAGUAGGAUAUAU